AUGGAUAAAAUGUCGUCUGUGGAUCAAGCAGUUCAGCUCUUGGGCAAAAGCGCAGGCUAUGGUGUUCUCGUGGGUGUGGGUGCCCUUUUUGCAAUUGGUAUAGUCAUUGCCACCAAGCUUCUGAAUAAGUACUUGAAUGAAAACUCAAACUCAACGGAAAUGUUCCUGGUUGCAAAUAGAAGUGUAGGGAUCGGAUUGACCAUCAGUGCUGUGUACCUGUCAUGGAGUUGGGCCACCGAGUUCUUAUGGUGUGUCACCAUGGUUUACUUGUACGGGGUCACUUCCACGUUGUGGUACGGGGCGGGUAUAACUUUCCAGAUCUGUCUCAUGUCUGCUCUUGGGAUCGAAGCCAAGAAGAAGAUUCCUGGAAGUCAUACCUCGUUGGAAAUUGUAGAAAUUAGAUACGGUAAAGCCUGUCACAUCUUGUACAUGUUCCUUUCCUUGGUUAACAAUUUGUUGUCGUGCUCCUCGAUGAUUUUGGGAGCUUCUGGUGCCAUCUCUGUCAUUGCUGGGAACCUCAACAUUGUUGCCAGUACAAUGUUGAUACCAUUCGGGGUCUUAUUAUACACUACAGUCGGCGGGUUGAAAUCCACUUUCCUAACUGACUAUGUCCAUUCACUAGUUCUCUUGAUUGUUCUCUGCUAUAUCUCCACCGCUAUUUUGCAAAAUGAACAAAUUGGAGGAAUUGGUGGUCUUUAUGACUUGGCCAUUCAGCAUGACGGUAAGCGGUACAUUGAAGGCAAUUAUAAGGGCUCUCUCUUGACUGGGAAAUCCCAGGGGGCUAUCUUUUUCGGGUUAAUUCACGCGAUUGGUGAUACCGGGUUGACUGUCAUGGAUAGUUCCUUCUGGCAGAAAAGUUUCAGUGCCAACUUGAAAUCUUCAGUUCCAGGAUAUAUCAUUGCUGGUGCGCUUGUGUUUGCCAAUGUGUGGUCUUUGGGAACCAUUGUUGGUCUUGCCAACGUCAUCUUGGAAGACAGUCCUUCUUUCCCCACAUACCCACGUCAAAUGACCUCCUUUGAAAUCAAUAGUGGUUUUGGGUUACCGUACGUUUUAAAGGCAGUCCUCGGAGACGGUGCUCUUGGAGCGUUGUUACUUGUUCUCUACCUUGCCGUUACUUCAACCGUGAGCGCCCAGAUGAUCUCCGUUAGUAGUAUCAUCUCCUUUGAUAUUUAUAAGAAGUACAUCAAACCAGAUGCUAAAAACAAACACUUGAUCAGAGCCUCUCACUUUGGAGUGGUGUUUUUUGGACUUUUUGCAGCCGGGUUCUCGGUCAUGCUUCAUUUUGUCGGUGUGGACAUGACAUGGAUGGGCUACUUCUACUCUAUGCUUAUUUGCCCUGGAGUCAUCCCGUUAAUCCUCACGAUCACCUGGUCAAGACAAACUACUUUGGCUGCAUUUGUGUCUCCGAUAGUUGGUAUGCUCUCUGGAAUAGCUGUUUGGUUGGGAACUGCCUAUGCCUUCUAUGGUGAGGUAACCAUUUUGAGUACAGGCCAGCAAUUGCCAUGCUUGUACGGAUCUUUAACUACUAUUCUCUUGCCCGGUAUUCUCUCCGUUCUCAUUUCCCUCACCAUCAACCCUUCAAAGUUUGACUGGGCCAAGUUCAAGGAAACAGAUAUCCUUGUUGUUGAUGAAGAUGAGGUCAAUCCUGAAAUCUCAGACGGGUCUUCUUCAGAUUUGGAUACGCCUCCAAUUGAAAAAUUGGAAGGUAAUACGAAAGUUAUUGACGUGGAUGAAAGUGACAGUGAAAAGCAAGUCCUGGAAGAUGACAAGGAAAAUGACAGAAUAUUCAGUCUCUACUAUAAGUUGGCGUACGGCUCCACCAUUGGAUCUCUUUUAUUGACAUGGGUUGCGUGGCCAAUGCCUUUGUAUAGAGACUGGAUUUUCAGCAAAACUUUCUUCAUCGGCUGGACUGGUAUGAGUGUUUUCUGGAUCUACUUAGCGUUCGUAGUAGUUGGGUUAUUCCCACUUUGGGAUGGGAGACAUGAACUUGCAAAGGUGUUUAGAGGUGCUUGGAGGGAUUACAUUGUUAGAAAGUGA